AUGCACACUUUAUUGUCAUAAAUGAAAAUGGAAGUAGAAAAUGUUGAAAAGCUGAAUCCAGAAGAAAUAGAAGAAAACAAUGAUCCUAGUUCGAAACUUGUGGAAGACCUCGCUAUUGAAUACUCACAAUAUAUGAAAAUUGAUACAGAAGCCGAGUAUGGAAAAUUCUUUACCACUGUAGAAGAGAUGCUGACAAAGCUAGAAGAAUUUGGUCAGCUGGUUGAAUUGGUUAGGAGUGACACAGCUAUUUGUAUGAAUGAUGCCAUGCCAUUAAUACAAAACAAAUGUAACGAAAUGCACACUGUUUUUGAUAAAAUUGACAACUUAGAGAAAUUUGUACUGUUAGUGAAGGAUAACGUAUCUGUAAUGGAAACUGAACUGGUGAAGGCUGAAGAUCAGAUGGGGUCAUUUAGUGGUCUCAAGAAAAUGUUAUCUUCAUUUGUUAGUCCUAAAAAGACACAGAAUAAAGUGACAAAACAAGCAGACUAUGAAGUGCUGAACAUAUUUAAAACUGAAGACUACUUGCAAACUAAACAUUCCACAGACAUUAAAAAAGAACCAAAUAAAGACAGUGAACAAAAGUGAUCGAUGUGAUGGAUAAUUUAUUGAUUUGUGCAAUAUUUUGUAUUUAUUAAAGCUUUAAAACCAA